UCAUGUUGCAGUAAAGGAAGAGCAAGAGUCCCACUGGACUGAAGUGUUGUUAUUGUCUUCAUCUACAGACAAGAAUUGUUCUGGGCACAUCUUCCUUAUGGUUACACACAGACACACACACAUGCACACACAUUCCUCUUUCUGACAGUUGAGCGUCUCAGUGGACAUGCUUGCAAACUGUUUAUAAUUCUGGUUACUGUGCUGUCUGUCUGCUUUGAUUGUGUCAUUAGAUAAAUACAUUAUAGCAGCCUUUAAAUUCUUCUUGGCAGCUCAAUAGUUGGUAUUGGGUGUUGCGUUGUAUAAUUAUUUUACUUGGUCUGUCUGUUACAUCCAGUCAUAGAAAUAGUCUUAUUUAAGGCCAAUGUUUUCUGUACAUCAUUUACAAUAAGUAACUGCAGUGUGACGCUUUAGUAGACAGGUUUCUCCUAAAAUGCUGUGGUGAAUAAUUACUGCACUUCACAAUUACCAUAAUUUAGCCAUAGCUUUUUCCAACUUCUAAAAAACUGUUGUAAUUAUUUUUGGAUGUCAUAUAAUGUUAAAGGGGCUGAGAUAGGUGAGAAGGGUAAUUUAAGAUUUAAAUGUCAAUGUACUGUUGGUCGUUAUUAUAAUCGAGGUGGCGCUAAAGCGUAUCCUAGUUGAUUUUGGGCGAGUGGGGUGGUAACUCCCUUAUUUCAAGGUAUGGGGUAAUCGUGAAGGCUGCUGAUACCAGCCACUGACACUGGCACUGGGGUGCACCGGCAAACAUAUCUGACAGUGAGCAAGUCCUCCUCACCUGUGGUUGGUGCUACACUGCAGUGGUUUGACACAUUGGCAGAUCAUCAUGUGCGUCAGAAAGAAAGACAGAAAAGUCUUUGGUCACAAUCGUCUGUUGUUGUUUUAAUUAAAAUGUGGUAUCAAAGAAUUAGUGGUAUAGGUCAGUACUCAUGGAUCAAUACUCAUUCUGGUAUUGGUCUGGAAAAAAGCAAUAUUUACAAUACCUAAUAUUAAUUGAUGAAAAAAAAAGUAAUCUAGGUACUGAACUCUAAAUAUGUUCCAUGAAAUAAAAAUAUUUUGUGCACAUUUAGUGUUUACAUUGCGUUGACUGGCUGUGAUGAUAUUGCCUCAUUUGGAUAUUUCAGCUAUUCUGUUCAUCAAUUGGAUAACUAUUUAAAAUUUUCUGAUGCCUCCUCAUAAUCAUGCUGAUAAUUGAUCUCUGUCCUCAUGUCCAUCCUCUCAUGCCCUUAUCCUUUUGAGUCUGUCUUCCACCUCUGUUCUCCAUCCCUCCCUACCUCCUUCCCUCCCACACCCUCACCCUCUCACAGGGUGGUGAGGGCCGAACUGGCCCCCAGCCCAGGACCAUUAGUCCCCUCCUCUCAGCCAUGUGUUCAUCACCAGAGAUCAUUACACCAAGCCAAUGACACCACUCUAAUGCAUCAUUAAUGAUUGAUUAAUGAGCUGAACUCAGCUCAAACGAGUGCAUUUGUCUGGAAGAGCGGCGUGUAAUGGUUGUGUCAAGGAAGGUCAGUGUGGCUGUGUGAAACGCGGGACUGAGGUGGAAGUGACCAGUGGACAGCGUGAUGGCAGAGCUAAGGCUUUCCCUGACUCUUCCACUUCUCCUCAUCCUCCUUGUCCUUGGAGGAGUUCUUCCAGUGGCACAGGGCUCUAGUUAUCUGUCUGGGUAUCGGAUGAGGUCUCGCCCCCAGCGGGACCGGCAAAUCCGCAACAUUCGACCAAAUAUCAUUCUCAUCCUCACAGAUGACCAAGACAUAGAGCUGGGCUCAAUGCAGGCCAUGAACAAAACUCGGCACAUCAUGGAGAAGGGUGGAACACAUUUCUCCAAUGCUUUCUCUACCACACCAAUGUGCUGCCCGUCUCGAUCCUCUAUCCUGACUGGGAAAUAUGUCCACAACCACCACACGUACACCAACAACGAGAACUGCUCCUCACCCUCGUGGCAGGCUCACCACGAGCGACACACCUUCGCUGUCCACCUCAACAACUCCGGCUACAGGACUGCUUUCUUUGGAAAGUAUCUCAAUGAGUAUAAUGGCUCCUACGUGCCCCCGGGCUGGAGGGAGUGGGUAGCCCUGGUGAAGAACUCACGCUUCUACAACUAUACACUCUGCCGGAAUGGAGUACGAGAGAAACACAGCAGUGACUAUUCAAGGGAUUACCUGACCGAUGUCAUCAGCAACGACAGCAUCAACUACUUUCGAUUGUCCAAGCGGAUGUAUCCUAACCGUCCGGUCUUGAUGGUUCUGAGCCAUGUUGCCCCUCACGGCCCAGAGGACUCUGCCCCGCAGUAUAGCUCUGCCUUCCCCAAUGCUUCGCAGCACAUAACUCCGAGCUACAACUACGCUCCUAAUCCCGACAAACAUUGGAUCCUCCGCUACACGGGGCCCAUGAGGCCUGUGCACAUGCAAUUUACUAACAUGCUGCAGCGCAGGAGGAUGCAGACUCUUCUGUCUGUCGAUGACAGCAUGGAGAAGAUGUACAACAUGUUGGUGGAGACAGGUGAACUGGAUAACACCUACAUCAUCUACACAUCAGAUCACGGCUACCAUAUUGGGCAGUUUGGACUAGUGAAGGGCAAAUCAAUGCCUUAUGAGUUUGAUAUCCGUGUUCCCUUCUAUGUUCGAGGGCCUAAUGUGGAGCAAGGUGCCAUUAAUCCCCACAUGGUCCUGAACAUUGACUUAGCACCAACUCUGCUGGACAUGGCUGGUGUUGAUAUCCCUGCAGAAAUGGAUGGAAAGUCAAUCCUAAAGCUGCUAGACACUGACAAACUUGUGAACAGGUUCAAUUCAAACAGAAAAGGUAAAAGUUGGAGAGAUUCCUUCCUUGUGGAGAGAGGAAAGCCUCUCCACAAAAGGGCCGAUGGGAAGGAAAUGGCUCAGGAGGAAAACUUUCUGCCUAAAUACCAGCGAGUCAGAGAGCUGUGCCAGAAGGCAGAGUACCAGACUUCUUGUCAACAACGGGGACAGAAGUGGCAGUGCGUGGAGGACGCAUCUGGCAAACUGCGGCUGUAUAAGUGCAAGGGCGUGGCUAGUCUCUAUGCCCCUCGAAUGCAGGCUCUGAUGGCCAGCAGUGGCCCCCAGCUGUCUUCUUUGUCAAGUGCAGAGAGCUGCAACUGCGGCAAUUUGGGCUUCAGAACAUCCGUGCUGAAGCGAAAGAAACUCCUCUCUAAGAAGAAGCUCAAAUCCAGCAAGUCUGCUUCACGGAAACGUUGGUCCCGCUCUGUGUCCUUUGAGCUAGAUGGAGACAUGUACGCUGUAGACCUUGAAGAGUCCUACCAUCCUGCAAGCUCUCAGAACGAUAGCUGGACUUUGGACAGAGGCAGAGGAGUGGGGCACGAGGAGGACGGUGAAGAGUUCAGUGGUCUGGGAAUCACAGCCAGCCCCACCACUGACAACAGACUGACUCCACCUGCUUCUCUGAAGGUCACAUACAGAUGCUCUAUUUUAAUGAAUGACACAGUGAAAUGUGAUGGUGGGCUCUAUAAGUCCCUUCAGGCAUGGAAAGACCACAAAAUGCACAUUGAGCAUGAGAUUGAAACUUUGCAGACCAAAAUAAAGAACCUACGCGAGGUCAAAGGACACUUAAAACAGGUGCGACCAGAGGAAUGUCAGUGCAACACUCCGAGCUAUCUGGUCAAGAAUAAAGACAAUUAUAUGCUGGGCACUGGACGUGUGCAUUCGCUCAGAACGCCAAAGCAGAAGACGCAGUGGCUGCAGAAGGACCAGAAGCGCAGGAAGAAACUCCGGAAAUUCCUGAAAAGGCUCCAGAAUAAUGACACCUGCAGCAUGCCUGGCCUUACUUGCUUCACCCAUGACAAUCAUCACUGGCAGACUGCUCCCUUCUGGACAAUGGGCCCAUUCUGUGCAUGUACCAGUGCCAACAACAAUACCUACUGGUGUCUGAGGACCAUCAAUGACACACACAACUUCCUGUUCUGUGAAUUUGCAACUGGUUUCCUGGAGUAUUUUGACCUCAACACUGAUCCAUAUCAGCUGAUUAAUGCUGUCAGCACCCUCGACCGCAAUGCUUUGAAUUCGAUGCAUCAACAACUAAUGGAAUUACGGGGUUGCAAGGGACACAAGCAGUGCAACCCUGAAAGGGGAGGCAAGGAGCGAAACUACUUCAGUGAAUACAGACCGGUUUAUCGUCGAAAGAGGCCAAAAGUGAAGAAACCAUCGUCCAAGUCACUGGGGCAGAUUUGGGACGGUUGGGUGGGUUAACCAAAUGUUUCCCAUUCCCAACCACAAGAGGCAGCCCUGACACACUCUGAUGACGUCGUUAGUUUGGGUUUUAAUUUAUUACAGUGGCCCGCACCCAGGCAAGAGACAUGAAGAGACUGAGAGGAAGCCCGUACGCCGAUGUCAUUAUCAAUUGUUCUUCCCACAUUUCAUUCUGGGCUAAAGAUCCACCACCAUGAAGUGGAUGCUGACUGUACGUAUAAUGCACAGCCACUCAGUUUCACUGUUUGUAGAUAAGUAUUAGCUUUAAUCAACUUUCAUCCCUGUGACACUGGACUGAAGUGGAUUGUGCCGUCAACUCUGCUGCUACUCAUACAAGUUACUCAUGCUUAAAACCUAAAUCAUAUGAUCCAUGGCCGUGCAGACAUGUGAGUGUCUGUACAAAUGUGUCUGUACAUGAAUAUGGUGUGAACUUUUAAGUCCGCUCAGUACAAACGUGACCAUUAUCUUUUGUAUCAUAGCUGAACUUUACUUUAAUAAUGAAUGUUCUCAAUGAAUCAUCCUCCUCGGAGAAGUGAUGAGUGAGUUUUUUUGAUCGCUCUCCUUGAACACAUCUCCACUUGACACUUUUUGAAAAAGGUCCUAACAAGCCCGUCCAUUCAACCAGUCCAAAAUAUUUGAUAGUUGGCAGAAUGUAUAUUAUUAAUGCCAUUUAUUUUAUCCUUUGUAACGACAAUACUGCACAGUAGAUGUCUCAAUCUAGCCUGCUAUAUGGUGCUACAGGAUAACCAUACAGAAGUAAACUUGCUGUACAGUACAAGUUUGUAAUUGAAUGUAUGUUGUGCAAUUGAUAUAAAUGUUUACAAUAUUUUUAUAAUACUGAAGAGGCGGACCUCAUAGUGUGGGUUGAAACAAAUUGACUACUAUCAAGAGGAAUGUAGAUUGUCCUUUUGCUUCUUUACAUGAGAAAAGCACUUAUAAGGAUACACUGUGAAGACAUCAACCUAUAAUGUUUAUUAUGUGCCAGAGGAACCGCACAGAGGUGUUAUGUAAAUGUUCAUGUGAUUUUAAGACAGCUUUUUUUUUUAGUUUGUUCAAUUUUGUUUUCUGAGCAGGCUGUAGACAUUAGUGCUGACAGUACAGUAAUUGUGAAUAAAGUGUUUCGACCAAAACAUGACAACACUGAUCAAUGUCCGGCAGGGGUCACUGUUUGUCCGCACGGUAACUCCUGGCUGAAAAGUCGGAAGAUUGUUUUCGAUUUUAAUGUACAGUAUUUGUUAUAUAAUUGUGUUAAAUUGGGAACAUAUCACUUUGGAAUUGUGAUAUUUGAAAUUAAAAUUUGACAAUGCGAAACUCCUCGCUGCGUUGCUUAGCAACCAGGUCUCUAGUCAAAUCUGGGUAGCAGAAGGUUAACAAAUUAGUCGAGGUGGCACAAAUACAGUGUACUUCCACUCUACGUAGUAGAAGUAAACACACUUGUGCGUUAAAAAGUCUGUUCAAAGUAUUAAAAGUUAUUUUUAAACUACUGACUCUGAAUUGUACUUGAGUUUUUAACAAAGUAAAUAAUUUUUAGUGCCAAUUAUAAGCAAUGUUUUAUUCGCCACAAAUCAUUCUUGUAGUCAACAUCAAACACUUCUCUCGAAUAAAAA